AUGUCCUCAAUGAGAAAAGUGGCUGUAGUAACUGGAAGCAAUAAAGGCAUCGGAUUCGCAAUCGUGAAAGGGCUUUGUCAAAAGUACGACGGUGAUGUCUAUCUUACAGCUAGAGACGUAGGAAGAGGCCAAGCUGCAGUUGAAGCUCUUAAAAAAUUGGGGUUUAAUCCUCUGUUCCACCAACUAGAUAUCACUGACCAAGAAAGUGUGAAUGCUUUUAAAGAUUACUUGAAGAGUAAACAAGGAGGCCUGGAUGUAUUGGUGAACAAUGCUGCUAUUGCUUUCAAGAACAAUGCUAAGGAACCAUUUGCAUUACAAGCAAAAGAAACCAUCCGAGUGAACUACUUUGCUACACUAAGAAUCUGUGAAGCUUUAUUUCCACUGCUACGCCAAAACGGCCGAGUUGUUAAUGUUUCAAGCUCCUGCGGUCAUUUAACUCAGAUUCCUUCAGCUGACUUGAGGGCCAAAUUAAAAAGUAAAAACUUGGAUGUACCUGCUUUGAACCAAUUAAUGGAGGCAUUUGUUAAGUCUGCUGAAGAGAAUAGGAAUAUGGAGGAUGGAUGGGGUACGUCAGCUUAUGUUGUAUCCAAAGUAGGAGUCAGUGCUUUGAGUUUUGUUCAGCAAAGGGUUUUUGAUGCUGAAACUCCUACUAGGAAUAUUGCUGUUAAUUCAGUGCAUCCAGGAUACGUCGAUACUGAUAUGACAAGCCACAAGGGUCCAUUGACCAUCGAAGAAGGAGCAAGAGCCCCAUUAUUUUUGGCUCUGGAAGCUGAUUUCAAAGGCAAAUACGUCUGGAAAGACUCCAGGGUCUUGGAUUGGGAAGAACCACUUCCGUCAUACUACUAA